AUGAAUACAAGUAUUUCUACUUCUUCGAAUUUAUUUGACAUUAAUAUAAAUGAUAUUCUUGAUAAUGAACUUAAUUUAUAUUUUGAUGAAAGUAAUCCAAUAUUAACAAAUGAGAACACAAAUAUUGAAAAUGAAUUUCUUGCUUUUUUUGAUGAUGUUAAAGGACCUGAAAUGGUACUAUCUCCUAUUACUCAUCAUGAUAUUGAAUCAGAUAGUACAAUUGAAA